AUGUCUCAACUAGAGUCCGACAAGGAUAUCCUACAGCAGUCUCUAGCCCAGUACGGGCUCAGAGUCGCUGCUGACGGGUACCAUAUUCAAUGGGCUGUCGGGAAUCCGAGGCACCCUCGCAACUGGGUUAUUUCCAGAAAGAUUCACGAUAUCUCACUCCUGAUCUUUCUCGAGUUCUUCACGUAUUUGCUCGGACAAGCUCUUGGGGGCAUCAUCCUACCGCCGUACUCAGAAUGUUUUGGGCGGAAGAAGCUGUAUAUCAUCAGCUCAGCCACCUAUAGCAUUUGCUGUGUGAUCAUCGCUGCUGUCCCAUCCGUCAAAGGUGUAGUUUUUGGUCGAUUGCUCAGCGGGUUUCUCUCCGCUAUUCCGAGCACCAUAGUUGUUGGUAGCGUCGAGGAUAUGUUCAAUUCGCGAGACCGCGUUUGGAUGAUAUGGAUCUGGGCUUUGGUAGCGAAUCUCGGCCUAGUCGUUGGGCCCAUCAUGGGCACCUUUAUCACGGCGGAAUUACAUUGGACAUGGCUUUUCUACGUUGCGGCCAUUGUGACCGGAAUCCUGACCCUCCUGCUGCUGGGCAUCCGUGAAUCUCGUCCCGCCCUACUUCUCGAACGGGAAGUGGCUAAUCUUCGAGAAAUAACCAAGAUCGACUACCUUGUGAGCCUUAACCCGGACAGUGCACCCGAUCUGCGAACGUUCGCACGUGUCGCACUAGGCCGUCCGAUCCGGCUCUUCUUCACUGAGCUCAUUGUCUUCACUGUCUCGGUUAUGAGCGCCGUAGCAACUGCCCUCGUCUACCUCUUCACUCAAUGUCUGCCGCCGAUAUACAAGAGUCUGGGUUUCUCAGAGAGACAAGCCUGCCUUCCAUUUAUUGCCAUUGGCGCUGGCUUGAGCCUGGGGCUACUUACAAGAUACCUCGAUAUGCACCUCAUCGAGCGGCGCCGUAGACAUGGCACUAUUCUUCUGCCAGAGCAUAAGCUCGCGGGGUUCUGGAUCGGGUCCGGGGUUCUCGCUGGUGCACUCUGGGUCUUUGCCUGGACAAUACCACCGGCGGUCCAGCAUUUGCAUUGGAUAGUGUCCGUGCUGGCACUGGUCCUUAUCGGAUACGCGCUGAACGAGAUUGACUACGUUCUCGGCGGAUAUCUUGCCGACAGCUACCUCAGCUACGCUGCCAGUGGACUGGCGGCGCUGAGCUUGAUCCGGGCUUUACUCUCAGGUAUCCUGCCUCUCGUAUCAAGUCCGAUGUUCACGAAUCUUGGAGCCAAUGUGGCGGUCUCGCUCUUGGCUGCUGUAGCCACAUUAUUUUGCCUUGUGCCUCCGUUGUUUUCACGGUUUGGAGAGACCAUCCGGGCACGCAGCAAGUUCGCCAAAUAUAGCUUGGACAUGUAUCAGGAGCAUAGUGUGGAUGAGGAUGGGUACUAG